AUGUCCUUCUCGGCGCCCCUUCUUUCCGGAAGCAUCGAACCCGACGACGACACCGCCCCCUCUGUCCCCAAGGGCAACAUCGGCUCGUCCUCGUCAACAGCACGUCCGCCGGCUGAGCGGGUCGUCCUUGUACCGGGGACUCAAGCUGGAGGAGUACAGACCAGCCUGGGAAGUGCCGAAGAAGGAGGGAUCAGGGGUAUCCUGAAACAGUCGAGCCAUCCUAUGGCUUUGGCCGUUCUGUUUCUGUUCAGGAGUGCUGCUAUCGCCGUAUAUGUCCUUUGUGGUCUCUUCACCGAUAAUUACGUCUUGAGUAUUGUAAUGGUCGUAGUGCUCUUGUCACUAGAUUUCUGGAAUACCAGGAAUGUGGCAGGAAGAACGCUUGUGGGACUGAGGUACUGGAAUGAAGUCGACGAGGAAGGCGAAAGCUCCUGGGUGUUUGAGUGCCGUGACCCAUCGAGAGCAGCGAACCCUGUGGACGCCAAAAUGUUUUGGAUCGCGCUUUACGCGUACCCCUUAGGAUGGCUGGCCCUUUUCAUCGUGUCACUCCUCAAAUUCAGCGUCUCCUUCCUGCCCAUAGUCGCUCUCGCCCUGGUUUUCAAUCUCUCCAAUUUGGUCGGCUUCACCUACGCCGACCGAGAUGCGCAGAAACGGUGGGCGAGCGGGAUUGCUUCAGGCAAUUUGUUCGGCUUUGGGAUGGGCGGUAUCGGGGGGCAGCUCGUUGGUGGGGCAGUCAAAAACACUCUGGGCAAGGUCUUUGGAUAG